AUGGCAGAAGCAUUCCUUAAAUUUCUAAGGUUGGGGGAGGAGUUGGAAAUGGAAGGCUUGCCAAGUUAUAUUCCACCCCCUCCCUCUCCAAACUACCAUUCAACAUUAAGUACAAUUGGCAAAGAAAAUGAGUCAUUAAAAAGACCCCUAAGUCCUACAGCAGAGAGCCAGGGUAACUGCGACACCUUUGCACCAGCUGCCAGCCACUCGCCGGCACUCGAUUCAAACUGCAGUGCUUUUGCGCCAGUUACAUGUACCAGUAACUCCAAAAAUAAUAAGGGUCGAUUUAGUCAGGCGGAAGUCUCCAUUCUGACUACUUUGAGGCGAACAAAUCCAGACGAGAUGUGUAAAUUGGAGAAGAGGAUGAAGGAACAGAGCAAGCAAGAUGUCUUAAAACAAGUCGAAGUCUUAAAAGCCCUCCUGGCCAGAGUGACCUUGGAUUGCAAGCAAAUUAAAAUCAUCUUAAACUUUAUAGAAGAUAAGUUGUCUAAAGGAGAUAGCGGUACCUCGGCUAAAAAGGUAAAGUUUACAACGCUCUAG